AUGUACAAUUAUGCUAAAGGUCACCAAGGGCUUGUUCAAGUCAAAAAAGGGUUUCUCUUUGACAAAAGUAAAGGGAUAUAUAGGGUUGUAGUGAAAACUCGAGGUAUUCCUUGCGUAUCUAAACUGAAAAAUAAAAAUAAUAUACGGGAAAUGAUGAAAUGUAUUCUCACUGGGUUAGCCAGAUUGCAUCAAGGAAACUUCAUUCAUCGCAAUAUCCAGUUAUCAAAUGUUGUUUAUGUUCCUAAAUCUCCUGAUAAAUUUAACUAUGUUCUCAUCGAUUUUGAGCAUGGAUUUUACAAUAGACAUGCUUGUGAAAAAUUAAGUGGCUAUGAUGAUAAUACGCUUACAACUGCUGGCUAUUAUAUAACCACAUCAGAAAUGUAUCAGUUGGAAAAGAUGCUAAAAGCGCUUAGUAGUCGGAUAUUAUCAAAUCAAGGGAAGGGUUUUGUGGAAGAAUUAAAAUCAAAAAAGUUAACAGUGGGUUUGACACUUAAACACAGUUGGAUCAAUCAUUCAUCAUGAUAAUUUGCUAGUAUUUUAUUUUACAAUAUGCUUUUAGAUAUUUAGA